UGCCCUAUAUUGGCAGCGGAUGAGUCGUGAGGACAAUCGAGGAAUUUCUGAAAAAGGUGCCAAAAAACACAGUUUAUAUAAAACAGCAGAUUUUCGGGAAUUCGUAAGUCCAGUUCCAGAUUUACUCGAAGAAACAUACACAGAAAACUUCGCAGACUUGUAAGGCUUUUCUUCAACAAAAGCAGUUAUCAGUCACAGUGAUGUACAAGUUACUCGUCCUUUGUCUUCUCGUCGUCAUGGUGUCCGUGGUCCUGGGCCGAGGGACAUGCGGCCCUGAUUUCUGCAAGUCAUACUUGUGUCCGCGACUGAACAGCUGUAAGGGCGAGUACAUGCCAGACGGGUCCGGGAGAUGUGGAUGCUGUCCUCACUGUAUCAAUAUUUUAACCCAACAUGUAUCUGCCCGUCAUGCAAACCAAUCUCGGCAACGGAGAGUGGUAGGCGGCACCGAGGUCACAGAGAAAGGAAAAUGGCCGUGGCUUGUGUCGUUGUUAUGGAAAUACCCGAAGGACCCGGAAGCCAACCCACCAACAUGGCGGUAUGGGACCUGUGGCGCCUCCAUCAUCAACAACCAAUGGCUGAUGAGUGCCGCGCAUUGCUUUCAUACGCCUGAACGUAUCGGACCACAAUACUGGACUGCGAGGAUGGCAGCCUUGAAGUUUAAGUCUAGUCCACUAGAUAAGUUUAAGGAUCUAGUAGGAAAGGCCACCCUUACCCCAAGAUGGAUGCUAUUUGAACGGGAGGUUGAGAAGAUCAUUGUACACCCGAAUUUUCAACCCGGAGUAAAAGCACGAUGGCAAAACGACAUAGCCCUGAUGAAGAUGAAAUACAGGAUUCCCAUUGGUUUGGGCUUCAACCAACUAAAGAAUGUCACCCUGCCAAUUCCUGGUGACGCAUCCUUUCCCGCAGCGAGGCAGGAGUGCGUAUUUGCCGGAUGGGGGUGCAGCGAGGGGGGUGGACAACCGACCAAAGCGCAGCACGACGUCGUGCUACCAAUUGCACGUAACUCGGCAUGUGCGAGAUUGUUUAAGGUGGACAUAGAGACGAGGUUAUGUGCAGGUUCGUUAGGAGGAGGUAUCAGCACAUGUCAGGGAGAUAGUGGUGGCCCUUUGGUAUGUGAGAAAAACGGCAAAUACAUCCAAGUUGGCAUCUCAUCUUUCAACAACCCCAGGGAUCCUGGAUCCGAGUAUGCAGCGUUCACGAGAGUGUCUUACUUUAUGGACUGGGUGACGAGAACCAUUGCUGAUAAUUAAAUGUGACCGAGGCUUCCGCAGAAACCAAAACAUAUAUCUUCUUUUAUUUUUCCGCCUUAGUAAGUAAUUUGGCUAUAUGUCGUCACCACAACAGGCUACAUGCACGUGGCGCUGUUAGUCGCGGCCAUUAACAGCCAUUUACCACAGUCCAAACGGCCGAUAACAUGGUCAAAUUCAUAUGUGAUCGGGAAUUGAUGACGAGAUUACACGGAAAAUAGCCGGGACAUCAAAUAGCUGCUAUCUAAUUGCUGUAAUGUUGACUAUUAGCUAUUGUCACAUGUAUGUAUUUGCUAAUUAAGGACGAUCAGGCUGUGAUGUAGUGAUUAUUGAUAUCGUGCACCGUAUCUAUAAGUCACAUACUGCCGUCUCCGGGUAAGGUUUCAUUGCGAAUGAUGUAUUAGGAUUGGUUUGAAAGCAACCAUCACUUAUUGCAGCUUAUAUACAUACGUGAGCACCAGGGUGAGCAGGGGGAGUGUGCAACUGCCCCCCACACGUCGCCAACGUGUUUUUUUGCACGUACACAAAAAAUGUAUGAUGGUUACCUCCUGAACACCAUUUUGAGAAAAGACACUGGGAAAGAACUAUCAAAUUCACAGUUCUCCUAAAUUUUCAUGCACUUUCAUUUCUUGUCGUGUAUAGGAUAGCUUUUUUAUGCACGUAAUUGUUGAUUGACGAAUUCUAUGGUAUAACGGGGUUAAACGAAACCUGAGGAAAAAGCAUCAGAUAACACGUAUAAUAUCUUCUGGACACCCUGUAUGAAAUAAGACCAUUUCUAGCCGUACAGCUGGCCAAAGGUGACCCUCACCCACUCAAACCAUGCAAUGAUGCUAUGGAUUACUACGUCACAGUUUCAGAUAAACAAAUUCGUUCGGGCUUCAUUAGUAUUUGCGCGGAGAGUUUGUCCGUCAUCCACUAUUCUUUGCGCACCCACAUUGUACAUCAUUCUCCACGCAGUGAUGAAUCAUAUUACACCUACGCAUGCCCAAUAAAUCUGCGCGCGGUGACAACUCCCACCCUCUCGCGCGCGUGUUAUGAGACUUGGAGGCGAGUUCAGCUGCUUAUUACAACUCUGAGCGUGAGGCGACCACUUCAAAAGAUAUUCUCGAUAAGCUCAAAACCAAAUUUUACUUCAAAGUUUCCAACAUGACGUCGCGAGCCAUUUGCACAGUCCUUCUACUCCUCUCUUGUCUGAUUCUGACCGCCAGAGCAGGAUGCAAGAACCAGUGUGGUCUGGACAGAUUCAGCGACGCAACAAUCAUUACUUCAUAUUUCGACGAUUUCUCCAAUGCAUACGACUGCUGGAAGGCAUGCGAGAUUGGCCGCAAGAAACGAGGGACAUAUGGAGCCUAUUUCAACAGGAUUUACCAACAAGGAGGACAAG